UACUGUUUUUUCUUAUUUUUCCAAAGAAAAAAAAAGGCUACAAUUCAGGAAUAAUCGAGGAAGACUAGUUCUCAUCUCCACACCUCCAUAGCUGAUUCUAAAACCUUAAUUGAACAAUAUCUUUGGAAAAAAUCCCACUUUUUAUGGAUGAAAAAUUGGGAUUAACAGAAUUAUAUACUGCCUCAUAUCACGCAUAUUCUGUUUUUUCCAAAUUUUCUGUUAUACUGGGUUUCUAUAAGUUUUAUGGGAAUCAACAGUAACAUCCACAUAUUUCUUCAUCAGUUCUUCCAUUUGCAAUUGUGUUGAUAAUUAUCACAAGCAAUUCAAUCGCCUGAAACAAAGAUGGCUUCAUCUAGUAAUAAAGAAGGGACGAAAGAGGUAUUUAAGUGGACUGAUAAGGACACUAUCAUCCUAUGUGAAGUAUGCCUUCAAUUCAUUAAAGACAAUGGUCGAUCACAAUGUUUCAAGUGGAAGGAAAUCCAAAUAGACGUGGAAAAAAAAAUUGGCCGUCCAUUUAGUAACUUGAGUAGUUGCAAGCAUAAAUAUGAUGCAAUGAGAAGAGAUUGGCGUAAUUGGACUAAAUUAAAAUCUUCGGAAACUGGUCUCGGGUGGGAUCCAAAUUCUGGAAAAAUUGAUGCAUCAGAUGAGUGGUGGCAAAGAAAAAUAAAGGAAAAUCCAGAUAUUAAAAAGUUUCGACACAGGGUGUCAACUCAACUCUUGAAACUAAUUGGGAUAAAUUAUUUGGAGACUCGUAUGCAACGGGUGAAAAUGUUUAUGUACCUUCAAUGGACCACAUUGAAGACCUUACAGUAGGGAAUGAAAAUACUGAGGAAGAGUUUGUAGAAAAUCGUAGAGUUGAUGAUUUUACAACUGAAUUAUUAGAUGAAGGGAACUUUUUUCGAAAUUUUGUGGAACAAGCAAGAAAUGGUGCCACCUCAGGUAAUCGAGGAGGUGGUUCACAAGUAGUUAGUAAAGGUGCAGAUAAUGACAUGCAUUCUUCUAAGAAGCAACCUAUGACAAAGCAGAAUAGUGUACCAUUGAAGCGUGCAAGAAGGCAGUCUGCUGGAUCUGCGAUGUUGGCUAAGGAAAUAAGCGAAAUGUCACAAUGUGUCAAACUUAUGAGUCAAAGCAGCUCUAUUGAUAGCAUUGAUCCAUCUAUGUCCACAAUCCCUGUAGCAAUGAAAAUGCUUAAUCGUAUGGUAGAAAAUUACGAAUUAGAAAAAUGUAGUGAUUUGUGGUUUUAUGCUACUACUGUAAUUCAGGAUCCUAGUAGUAGGGAAGUCUUCUUUAGUAUGGAGGAUGAUGAAACUAGGAUUAAGUGGUUGCAAUACUUGCUUAAUGAGAAAAACAAGCAUUGAAGCUUCUUUAGUUUAAGACUAAUUUCUUAUUUGCUUUUACAUGUUUUUAUUGUGUUUGAAGUGUAUGGAUAAUAAGUUUCUUGUAUUUUUUUCUUUUGAGGAUGUAGUUGAAUUUAUAUUUCAUAUGAAUUUACUAAAAUCUUUGUUUAUGGUGCAUAUAAUUGUGGUUUGCUUCAUAAUUGACAGGUUCAACAUAAUAUGAAUGUCGAGAGAAAACGCAAAAUGUGUAUUGCAAUAGCGUACACAAUGUCUCUAAUAAUUACAUAUUAUUAUAAGUACAUUUACAAGGAACCUUGCAUGACUUCAAUUUUAACGGGGGAGAUGUGGAUGAAAGAAGUGAUAAAUGGUCACCCUAUUCGAUGUGUCAAUGCAUUUAGGAUGGAGCCUCAAUUAUUUUUGAGAUUAUGUAAGGACUUAUCAUUAAAUUAUGGGUUGAAAGCUAGUAAUAACAUGUCUAUUUUCGAGAAAGUCGGCAUAUUUUUGUACGCAAUUGCUCAAGGUGCCUCAAAUAGAGUUCUUGGUGAGCGUUUUCAACGUUCUGGUGAUUCUAUUAGUAGAGCAAUUCAUGAAGUUCUUAAUUCAAUUUCUUGUCGAAAGGUGAAGAGUCUUGCACAUGAUAUUAUAAAGCCUUAUGAUCCCGAUUUCACAAGUGUGCCUGCAAAAAUAGCUCAAGAUAAAAGAUAUAUGCCAUUUUUUAAGGAUUGUAUUGGAUGUAUAGAUGGUACACAUAUAACAGCAUGUAUACCUGAGGAUCAACAAAUGCCUUAUAGAGGAAGGAAAGGAAUUCCUACAUUUAAUGUAAUGGCUGUAUGUGAUUUUGAUAUGUGUUUUACAUUUGUAUCGGCGGGUUGGGAAGGUUCAGCACAUGAUACUCGGGUUUUUCUUCAUGCGAUUGAAACUCCAGAAUUAAAUUUUCCUAAGCCACCUGAAGGUAAGUACUACUUGGCUGAUAAAGGGUAUCCAGAUCGAAAGGGUUAUUUGGUACCAUAUCCCAAAACAAGGUACCAUCUAGAACAAUUUAAACACACACCUCCACGAGAUGAUCGAGAAACUUUUAAUCGCUGGCACUCAUCUCUUCGAAGUUGCAUUGAGAGAUGUUUUGGAGUCCUGAAGCAGAGGUGGAAAGUACUUACUAACAUGCCACAAUAUAAUGUUGAGACACAAAUACAAAUUAUGGUUGCUACAUUUGCAUUGCAUAAUUAUAUUAGAAUAAAUUCACCUAAUGACCCCCUUUUUAGAGUUUUAGAGGAGUAUCCUGAUUUUAUACCCUCGUCGGAGCUUCCUGAUGUUCAUGUUACUUCAGAUGGUGGAAUUAGAACGGGAAACUCUACUGAAAUGCAGAUUAUUCGUGAUAAGAUAGCGGAAUCUUUAUGGCGAGCUAAACGUAGCCAAGUAAAUUAAUGUAAAGGAUAUUAU